UUUCUGCUGUAGGCUCGAGUGACUGGUGUCGAGAUGGGCAAGUUCAUGAAACCCGGGAAGGUGGUGCUGGUCCUGGCCGGACGCUACUCCGGAGGCAAAGCGGUCAUCGUGAAGAACAUUGAUGAUGGCACCUCAGACCGUCCCUACAGCCAUGCUCUAGUGGCCGCAAUUGACCGCUAUCCCCGAAAAGUGACAGUUGCCAUGGGCAAGAAGAAAAUCGCCAAGAGGUCAAAGAUCAAGUCUUUUGUGAAAGUUUAUAACUACAAUCACCUCAUGCCCACGAGGUACUCUGUGGAUAUCCCUUUGGACAAAACUGUCGUCAACAAGGAUGUCUUCAGAGACCCUGCUCUUAAAUGCAAGGCCUGACGAGAGGCCAAGGUC